AUGACUGUUCCUGCCACAGCUGCUCCAUUGAAAGCAAGGGCAUUGGAGAAGGUGAGUUGUUUUAUUAAAUAGUCAAUGAAAGUAUGCCUCAGCUUGGUACAAAAGCAUUGAUGGUGUAAUGGCGAACACUACUGCUUACUAUACAAGCAGCAGAUCUGGGUUCGAUUCCCAGUCAGUGCUAUUUUAACUCCAAGCUUCAUUUAUAGCUCCAAGUUUAGUGAUUUUUGGUGUUUAAGUAGUCAUUUGGAUAUUUUAAAUAUAUUUUUAGAAGAUACAUUUGCCCAAGGCAUGGCAAGACACGCUGCCCAUCCUUCAGCAGGAAUGGUUGAGCAAGUCGCUGUACACAUGUAAUCCGAAGACUGGUAUGUCUGUAAAUAUGUAUUCCUCCCACAUUUUUUCCUUGUGGCAAUGAGGAUAUUAUUUUUUACCACCGUCUAAAUUUAUGUUAUUCAGGCAGAGCCGAACUUGUAUCCAAACUGCAGAUGUGGUGGUACCCACCCCAGCCAAGACAACAACACUCCACCCCUCCGCCCGAUCCAUAUUUUCUCCUGCCAUUCUUCCUUUGGGCACCUCAGAAAAUCUGGGGUGUCAAACUGCUGUGCAGCGACGAGUGCCAAGAAAAGCAGAAGGGACAAGGGGCAACAAAGGUUUGCAUAGUUAAAAAUAUAUAACGAAUCGUGAUAUCUACUGCAUGUUUAUUUUAAUUAAAUACCUAUCAUCUCAUAAUUUCUCAAUAGAUUGUCAACCUCACUCAGGCUGGCCUCUACAAGACUGUCCGGAAAGUACUGGCCAUCGAUGGCUGGUAUUAUCUUGGCACGGAAUACCUAGAGUGCAAAUUUUGCAGAAAGAAGUUUGCCUCAUGGUCGAACAUGGUAAUGAAACAGCUUAGCCUGGCACACCAAAGCUACUUCCCAGCUGUUUUGACCUACAGGUGAUAAAAGCAGAACAUGCAUGCACCACCUUUUAUUAGCAGCACCUUUUCUGGAAUGUAGCUCAUGUGAUAAGAGAACACUUGGAAACUCAUCUACCAAGUUGAAGAAACAAGUGACAGAGCAGCACACGGAACACCACAUGAACAGGGCACUGCAGUUCUUGCAGGCGCGGGAACCCUUUGAAAUACAAUCAUCAAAGGGCCUGUUCAAGAUUCCGAGUGCUGCUCAGACCAUCCCACCCCUCCCAGCCAUUCCAAAACCAGACUGGUUUCUGGCAGUCUACUUGCGAGACGUGAUCAACAGGCUGAAUGAAACGAAAGCGAAAAUCACAUCAACUGUCUCGAACGGCGAACUGAAGCGGAGUUAUAUUGAAGAAGCGAGAAGUUUGAAGGGCAGUCGUUCGACAUCUCAGCUUGUUAAUAAUUCUGUGUUUGGUCGCUGUGAAGAUGCUUUGACCGUGAAGAAGAACGCUGAGGCCGAAGUUAAAGCAAUAAAGAGGCCGGAAGAACAGGCUGAGUGUGCCAAUUAUAUCUCCAAUUUAGUCUUUUAA